AUGCAAGACCACAGUAGUAGUAUGACUGACAAUUCUUUACAAAAGCUCUUUAAAGGUCAAACACUUAUAUCCUCAUACUUUACUAGUAUGUCCAAAGAGGUUACACAGGUUUCAGUCCAAUCAGACUCCAAUCAGACACAAAUUGAAGCUCAAAUUCAACCAAAAGAAACUGCAGAAGUCGAACAAACAUCAGAGCAACCUUCAGAACAAACAAUAACACAACAAACUACAGAAGCUCAAGUUGUUUCAGUCCAAUCAGACACCAAACAUACGCAAAGUUCAACUAAAAACUUACACUCCUACAGAACCAGAAGGUGUCUUCUCAUUCUCAACAACAGAAGCAAGAUAUAG